GGCGAUGGAGACCCAGGACAUAGUCAAGGGUAUUGCAGUUGUCAGCAACGAAGGGAUAUCGGCCGGAGCAAACACCACWGACUGUGCAGUGGUCCUUGCGGCAAUUUGUGAGCAGACUGCAGACAUGAUGACGGAUGGUGAGGCCAGUGAGAAUGAUGCAGGGUGUGUUGUUGCAGACGAGAAUGUGGUCAGGACGUCAGCAGGAACUCUCUUCCCCUAUGACAUCAAUUGGGUGCCUGGUCGUCUUCAACCGGGUAUCAUUGGAGGAGCGCCGUGCUUCGCGUUCAAAGUCAAUGGGGAAUGGGUUCCAUAUCCCGCCCCCAAAGCGACGUCGUGAGGGACGUGACUCUGUCAAUCAUCUUCGACAGAGUGCUGAGGUUGAACGAUGAGGUGAGCGCUGACGACAAACCUCAACAUGUGUUGAAACUGUGGCAUGUUCUGGACGCGAAGGGCGAGUUGAGGCUCAAUGAUUUUGACUACGACAGUGUCGACUGCGGAGAGCCAUGGGUGAUUGGCGGGUUGGACACUGCAGCGAGUUCGGUUUGCCCACAGACUGAUGCCAGGAGGGAUCCAUGGUGGGGUUGGGUGCCACAUGACGCCCCUCUUCUUUGUGGCCGUGUGAAGGUGCCGAUGCGUGAUAUCAUGGGGAAUGUAUGGACCACAUGUUAUAUAAACGGCAGCUUCUCAUCUAGGCACCUGAACAGGGAGGUGACUGAAGAGGAGAAGAUGGCGAUGGYUUGUCCCACCCCUGCUGCUCGUUGUUUUUUGCCGCCUCUUCGGAACCCUGUGGAGCUUGAGGUGGCAGAGGGGAAAGUGUUCGCGGGUGACCAUGGGUACGCAUACACGCAUGCCAGAGGGGAGGACGUUACUGCUGAUGGAAUAACCAUGCUGGUAUGGGACCCAUUCAACCUGAACCCUGACAUUCUGGCUGCCAUAGACAUUGCGUCCCAUGUCAUCCCUGAGGGGCAGUUGCAGCAGCAUGUGGCCCCUCAGAAGCAUGGUUGCUCCGCCCUUGUUGGUUGGGUCCCGGCCGUAUGUCGCAUGACAUACGAGCAAGGUGGAGAGAUGAUGAUGAGGUGCAGGGACCCGCUUGGUGUGCCGUUUCUGCUGUCGUACUCGGAUGGCCUCCUGCGAGACAUUCGGUAUAUGGUGGUCGAGGACACCCGAGGUGGACAUCGGAGGCCGGGACAGACGGAGGAGACGCGCCCGGGACAUCAGGAUGGUUUGUCUGCUGAGGUGGAGGGCCCAUGUGGCGGUGAGCGAGUUGCAGGGUGCUCUGCAGCGCAGGGUGACAUGGCCGGGCCCAGCAAGACAGCGAUGUCCCACAGCCCGAGGAAGGUGAAGGCGGUUGUGUCGAGGCCGCGGAGGGGGAAGACGACUGGUGACAAGCAAAAGAAGAACCCCCAGCCUGUGCCACAGACCGGUAACAAUGCAGAUGCGCCUGCACGGGUCCACAGACGCCGCAGACACCCCGGGAUGGCAGCUUUGACAGAGAUCAGGAAGCUGCAACGAUCCACCGACCUUUGUAUCCCUUUCAGACCCUUCUUGCGCGUCGUCCACGAGGUGGUGGAGAAGGACAUUACCGCUAAUAAGGGCCUGAGGUUCCAGAUGACGGUUGUGCGUGUUUUGAUGGAGGUUGAGGACGCUUACGUGGUCGCCAACUUCGAGAACACAAACGAAGUGGCGAUCCACUCGAAGAGGGUGACCAUCCAGAGAGAAGAGGUCGAAAGACAAAGCUUGUGCAUCAUGUCGAUGUCGGUAGCACAGGUGGCGAAGGCUCUCACAGAGGUGAUGAAGUAUGCAGAGGAGGGCUUCCACUACAACGGCCGUGGCGAGCUGUCUUUGUUGGAGGAGAGGGUGCCGGGGUACUUUGCUGUUAGCGUGGAUAUGAGAUCCACGAUCAUGGCCAACGGCAGUGGUUGUGUGCAGGCACGAACACUCUUGGAACGAUUGAGAGAGUCAUUUGAUGUUCGUGUGGACAGCGAUGCGGAAGACAACCCAUACAGUCUAAAAGGAGUUGUGCAGUGGAUGUGCAGCGAAGGCAUGUGCGACGAAGAACUUGUCGACAUGACAAUGCAGCAGAAAGGGGGGACCUAUACACCUGUGGCUUUCAGGAAGUUUAUGGUGAGUGUGGCGAAGGGAUGGGACAUGCUUGUUGAAGGGGCGAACGACGAGUUGAAAAGGGGUGCUGCAGAAAUACUAGUGCUGUCCAGAAUCAAGGACAUAACACAAACACCGCCCCAGGACUUUCAAGAGCUUCCCGUGAUUGUUGCAGACGGUGUGGAAUACGUUCUGCUUCAUCAGCUAUGUGACCUCAUGAACAAGACAGAGGACGACAGGAACGUCAUUCAUGAGGCCUUGCACGAAGUCACAGAGUACGCCGUGCAGGGUCGAAAUCUCAUUGAUUUUGUGCCAGCGUUAGCAGGAGAGGAGAUCAUUAGUGGCAGACCAUUGUGGGGCGGCUUGUUGGGUUGUGCUCUGGAGCGGCUUGGUCUUGCAACCUGCGAUGUCGAGAGACAGAGAGAAAGGGAAGAGGGUUGGAGGCUGAUUGCCAGCGAAACAAGGUUACCGGUCAUUGAAGAAACCGGGGAGACAUCAGUAGCACAAGAUACGAAGCGCAGAGACGAUGCAGAGAACAGAGAUGAUGCAGAGGAGGAGGAUGAGGAAGAGUACGAGGGGUCUGACGUGGAGGUGAGCGGCAGCGACGUCAGCAACGACGAAGAGGACGACGACAAUGAUGUGUACUACGAUCUCAAGACGGCCUGUGGACAAGUAACCAAAGGUUGGGCACAUGCAAUCCUCAGGUUGGCACGAGUAUUUCCCGAUCCGCAUAACGUGCUGCGUGUGGUGUUCAAGGGGGCGACACUUGAUGGCGCAAUGCAGUAUGCUGCAGUGACCAUCAUAAUGCAAUCCUGCAACAAGGGGAAAAAAUGGUCACGUGUCGGCAAGGGAUGGUUUGUUCUGGUGAACAGAGAGGCUGUGCUAGCAACAUCGCUGACAUGGGGACUGAACCUGAGCUGCCUCCUGCAUGGCGCAGUGGCCACAGCUUGGGGAGAGACUUUGCGCCCCAGCUUGUCAACAGGGGACGCAAUAGUUAUGGAGACAAUCGAUAUUAGAGGGUCUGACGACAGGCACAACGGACCCCAAGUGGAAGAAGAGGAGGAACACGACCGUUCCGCGCCAGAGAAGUCAGAUGGUGCGGAGAACGAGGAGCCAGGAAACGAGGGAGACGACAGCGAUUCUUCCCGCAGACAAUCGCAAGACACCAAUGAGGACGACGACAGCGACGGCAAGUCGGCCAGCGAGAGAACCGGCGAAGACCAGAGCACCGCUUCGAAAAGAGGUGGUUCGCCAUUUCCUUCGAGGACGCUGCGCAGAGAAGGAGAACGGCAUUCACGCAAUGGCAGCGAUACUGAGGAGCGUGUCGGUGACAGACAAAUCGUACAGCACGUCAGCGCCGCCGAAAAAGUGCGCGCAAGCGGCGGAGCCGUGCAAAGACCGAAGGACGAGGGCACCGCAUUCGCGAAGAAAAUGAAGGGCAAGCUGUUGCGUUCCGUCGCCAAAGCCUUUGCGUUCUCUGCGGCAAACGACGCAACUCUGUACCCGACAGAGGACGCGAUUUUCGCGGCGGUGCAAGCGACGGCGAAACUGGCAGGGGAGACGGCAGAGGAAGGGUUGCGAUCUCACAUAGCAGAGUGCGGGAUUCGGGCUAAGAAGAACUACAAAAGGAGGAAGAAGAAGAAGAACUACAAGAGGAGGAGGAGGAAGAAGAAGAAGAACUACAAGAGGAGCACGAGGAAGAGGACGAGGAGGAUGAAGGAUGACCAGGACGAGGAGGAGGAGGAGGCGGAGGAGGAAGAGGAGGAGGAGGAGGAGGACGAGGGAGAGGAGGAGGAGGAAAAGAACGGGGAGGAAAAGGAAGAAGAACUAGAAGAGGAGGAGGAGGAAGAGGAAGAGGAGGGCGAGGAGGAUGAAGAAGAAGAUGAUAGAGGUGGAGGAGGAGAGCGAAGACAAGGAGGAGGAGGAAGAGGAGGAGGAGGAGGUGCUGGAGGCGGCUGAAGAGGGAGAACGACCGAAAACUCACCUCGAUGACAAUGGAGCAGGAGGACGACUCUCCCAGCGAAGGCUCCAGCAACGGCAGC